AUUAGAGCUUAGUUAAUGGGUUGCAAACUGUAAUCAGCCCUCAAAUAUGAUCCCAAAAUCCCAAAUUCUUGAAACAGGUGAGACAGAUCUAAGCUCUCUUUCCAACUCAGCUCACAUUUGGCUUUCUAUUUCAGUAAAAUUCAUUGAUUGAGUUUGAUAGGCCCCCCAUCUCUCUCUAUCUUACUCCUCACUCACCCUUUCCCUCAAUCUUUUCUAAGUUCAUCAUAUUUCUCCAUCCUCACAUUUGCAUUCACUCCAAUCCGUCCGGCAUUGCAAUUUCUCAAUGAGAUCCACAAAACCCUCAAAACAAACAGUCACAGCCCCUCCUCCGAGAACCUCGCUCUCCUCCCAUCUGGCUAUGGUGGAGUUGAAGCAGCGGAUACUCACCUCCCUCUCCAAGCUCUCCGACCGCGACACCCACCAGAUCGCCCUCGACGACCUCGAGAAGAUCAUCCUCUCCCUCUCCACCGAUGCCGUCUCUAUGCUCCUCAACUGCCUCUACGACGCCGCUGCCGACCCCAAGCCCCCCGUCAAGAAGGAGGGCGUCCGCCUCCUCGCCGUCCUUUGCGCCGUCCACACCGACCCCGCCUCCACGCACCUCACUAAGAUCAUCGCGCACAUUGUCAGGAGGCUCAAGGACUCCGAUUCCCAGAUCCGCGAGGCCUGCUGCGAUGCCAUCGGCUCGCUGGCGGGCCUGUACCUGAAGCCCGGCGGUGGAGGGGGCGACGGAGUCGUGUCUCUCUUCGUGAAGCCACUCUUUGAGGUGAUGAACGAGAACAACAAAGCCGCCCAGGGUGGAGCCGCCCUUUGCCUGGCGAAGAUGGUGGAGUGUGCCUCUGACCCGCCGUUGACUACCUUCCAGAAGCUCUGCACGAGGGUUUGCAAGUAUCUCAACAGUCCCAACUUCACGGCCAAGGCUUCUCUAUUGCAAGUCGUGUCCAGUUUGUCACAGGUAGGAGCAAUUGCACCACAAAGUUUGGAACCAUUACUUCAGAGUAUUCACGAGUGUCUUAGCAGUUCAGAUUGGGCAACAAGGAAAGCUGCCGCCGAUAUAUUAAUUGUCAUAUCUUCUAACACUAGCAACAUAACUGCAGAAGUAGCAGCUUCCACUGUGAAUGCUCUUGAGGCUUCUCGAUUUGACAAGGUAAAACCGGUUAGGGAGAGUAUGACCGAGGCUUUGCAGUUGUGGAAGAAAAUCGCAGGCAAAGGAGAUGGAUCUUCAGAUGAAAAUAAAGCAUCAUCUCAUGAUGAUGACAAUUCGGAAUAUGCUGACCCAUCCGACAGAAAAGAGCUCCCUAGUUCUGGUGACAGAGGAAGUGCUAAAUCAGUGAAACAUUCACCUCGCGGCUCUUCUCCAACUGACCCGAAUUCGAAAGGCAAAGGCAACAACAUUUUGGACAAGGCAGUAGGGAUCCUAAAGAAAAAGGCACCGGGACUAACAGACAAGGAAUUGAAUCCCGAGUUCUUCCAGAAACUCGAAACCAGAGUUUCAGAUGAUUUACCUGUAGAAGUGGUUCUUCCUCGUCGAUGCGCAAAUCCUUCAAACCCACAAAACGAAGAGAAGUUGCAAUCAAAUGCCGAUCCAAAUAGGACCAGGCUUAACUGCCAAGCUGGCGAUGGAGCCAUCAAAACAAGACAUGAAAAUGUGGAGAGACGAGCUAUAGGUGAUUAUAAUCAGAGAGACCCAUCAAAUACUUAUCCAGAUUUUUCGAGAACUCCCGGACAACCUGAAGGAUUUAUGAACAACAAAGGUAACUGGAUGGCUAUCCAGAGACAGCUGUUGCAGCUCGAGAGACAACAGGCUCAUCUCAUGAACAUGCUGCAGGAAUUCAUGGGCGGGUCCCACGACGGCAUGUUGACCCUUGAAGACCGAGUACGUGGGCUCGAGAGAGUCGUCGAGGACAUGGCACGGGACUUAUCAAAGUCAUCGGGCAGGAUGACUGGUGACCCGCGAUUCGAGGUGCCCACUAAUAGUAGGUCCCUUGGUAAGUACAAUGGCUUUCCUGAUUAUUCCAGUGGCAAGUUAGGAAGAGGUGGUGACGGCAGGAUACACAUUGGGGAGAGAUUUUCUACUUUUGAUGGUCCCACAAAAUUGAGGAGCCCUUACGGUUCAGAUUCUUGGGACUUCCCUUACGGGAAAAGUGGGCAGAUGGGCUCCAGAAGAGGAGGCCCAAUGGAUGCCAGGCCCAAUAAACCGGAGAGCAACAACGAUCAGAUCGGCAGCAGCAGGCGGGCUUGGGAAAAGGGGUCAGGGCUCGUCAGGUUCGGGGAGGGGCCUUCUGCUAGGAGUGUAUGGCAGGCCUCAAAAGACGAGGCCACCUUGGAAGCUAUUCGGGUGGCUGGUGAAGAAAAUGGAGUCACUCGUGGUGCUCGGGUGGCUAUGCCUGAAAGGACAGCUGAGGCUUUGGGGGAUGAUGAUGAUGAUGGGGUUCGGGAGCGGGACCCGGUUUGGACAGCUUGGAGCAAUGCAAUGGCCGCGUUUGAUGUUGGGGACAUGGAUACUGCUUUUGCUGAGGUUCUGUCAACCUGUGAUGAUGUCUUGCUCAUGAAGCUCAUGGAUAGAUCGGGACCCGUGUUCGACCAGCUGUCGACUGAGGUGGCAAAUGAGGUUCUGAAUGCGAUUUCGCAGUUGCUGAUCUUGGGCCACAAUGUUUAUGACGUGUUCUUGUACUGGAUUCAGCAGCUGACAGAUAUUAUCAUGGAGAAUGGUCCUGAUGUGCUGGGUAUCCCGAUGGAAGUAAAGAGGGAUAUUUUACUUAAUUUACACGAAUCAUCGUCAAUCAUUGAGCUUCCCGAGGUCUGGGAAGGAUCAACUCCAGAUCAACUCUUAAUUCAGUUGGCUUCAGCCUGGGACAUCGAUCUGGAAAAUCUUGGCAAGUAGCUGCAUGGACUUCUUUCUUAUUGAUAUUAUUAACUCUUGGACAUGCCCAUUAUUCUUAUCCUUUUCUCUUCUUGAUUCACUUCCUCAAAUAUUUCAUCAAGUAAUAUUUGGUAAUACUGUGUGUAAUACUCAGAAUUUUCUGUGUAGGACAAUCAGUUAUAUGCUAAGAGGUAAACGAUAUUUGAGUUCAAUGAGUGGUCCAUGUCCACACCAGUUUUGACAAAUAUUUCAUAUUAGUGUCUUUUACAGUUUGUUGCGGUUAAGCCGCUAAUCUACCAGAAACAUCUAAACCUCCGGUGUUCAGCCCCAAUUCCCGCUGGCCGGCACUUUCCUCUCAUAAAAUAAACUUGAAGAUCUUCUUUUGUACUUCAUAAAAGGAACAAGGCUCCUAUAGAUGGCCUCUCUUUCUCCUCUUGCACUUCUCCGGCUGCCAUUUGAGUCUAGAGAUUUUUGGUGUUGGUCCCCCUUCACUUUUUUUCCUUUGGGUUUGGGUUUAGAUCUGGUUUGAUUUCUUGGAUCUAUCUAACCGUUGACCAUUUGGAGUUUCGGAGUCGUGAAAUUUGAUUUGUGGUCCUUUUCAUGUUGGGGGUGAAUGUCCAAUAUGUGUGCGUGUUUGUGUCCGUUGAUCGUGGAGCACUUAUUAGAUGGUUUUCUUCGGCUAACGGCUUGUGGUGGCAGUAGUGACGAUGUGUUAGACGGUGGAAAGGGAGAACUUUAAUCUAUUUUAUUGUUAUUAGUAACACUCAACCUUAU